AUGUCCAACAAUUUAUAUUGCUUAUCGGAGAGUGGAGAAAGGCGUACCCUUGGAGUAGUUGUGGAACUUGGUCUUGAGGAUGUCGUGGACGUGUCGGGGUUGGAGGUGAUGUUAUCGAAGACGUGGAAGUGGAUGCUUUUGGUGGGUGAAGUGCAGAGGAGGUGGAUGUACCAGUCACAAGGAUUUAGGAUGUGUGUGGUCCAUGAUAUGUUGAGGCAGUUUCCUAUAUUCCAACCACAAAAUCAAAAUUCACAAACACCCCAUUUUCCACUUUCAUCCAUAUUUAACCCCUCUAUCGGAAAUGUUACUCCAACUUCCUUGCCGUUUCCAACUCAAUUCAGUACAUCAAGACGUAACUCAUCUGGUGUUGGUGGCUCUUCUAACCCAUCCUCUCAGACUCCUAUACAAUCUAGUCCAAAUUCGCAAUAUUCCGAUUUUGCCAACCCUUGUGGAUUAGAUGCUAUCGACCUCAAUGAUGAUGAUAUUGAAGAUCGGAGGCAAGAUAGUAUUCAACACUGGCAUUGGGAAGAGGAUGAGAUGUUGAUCAGUGCAUGGUUAAAUGUUUCAACUGACCCUGUAGUUGGUACCGAUCAAAAGGGAAAAACAUUUUGGAGUCGAAUUCAUAGCUACUGUAUAGAAUUUUGUUCCGACAUAACAAGGGGGGUAGUUGCAUGUAAGAAACGAUGGUAUAAGAUCAACAAGGCUGUUGCACAAUUUGCUGGUUGCUACGAUCAAGCUAGUCGAAACAUAAGGAGUGAUUCAAACGCUGAUAACAUAAAGGAGUUGGCUUAUAAACUUUAUUCCACAAAUUAUGGUCAAAAAUUCACUUUUGAGAGGCAUUGGAACAUGCUUCGGUUGGAGCAAAAAUGGAGAAGCCAACUACCUACACAGAGUGGCGGCUCAAAGAAAACCAAGGUUAUGAGAACUGGAGCAUACUCAUCCUCAUCAAACCCAGAAACACCGUUGGCUGACGAACCCGUUGUGGACACUCCCGUUCGCCCACAAGGAUCGAAGAAGAGCAAGCAAAAAGGGAAGAAAAAAGUAUAG